UUUCCCUUCCACAUUUUCCCCUAUCCUUCCCCCGGCUACACGACCAUUUCGACCGCAAUAUGACCUACGACCACGCUGCCUCGCCAACUUCACCAACUUCCCCAACUUCCCCACUUGACCCACUUGAGCCAAUGAUGAAAAGGCGUCUUCCAGGCGGUAUCAACCCCAAUGCCACUAUUAUCGACAAGGACCACCCUCUCAUCACCGUCGAUCCCACGCUCAACGCCGUCCUCGAAACCCUGAACUCGCAGAUUCUGGCAGCCUAUCGCAAAGCCAAGCUUCUCCCUGCCUCGACUGCCACAGACCAAAUCCAGCUCAAGCCCGUGUCGUUCACAACCCAGGUCGUUGAAGGAACCAAUUACUUUGUAAAGCUGAGUGUUAUCCAUUCCGAUGCUUCGACACAACAGGACGAGUACAUCCACGUCAGGAUCUAUAGCCGGCCUUGGACUCAGACUACAGAGCUGAGGGGUGUUGCUGUCAAUAAGCGCCAUGGGGAUUCGCUCCAAGAUCCUAUCCCCGCCAUGCUCGACGAGAUUCCAAGCGCCACUGUCUACUAAAAUGAAAUACGUUUCGGACCAUGCGAUUGCAAUAACUGUAUUUAUCUUGUCGUCAAUAAAGCAAAGCGAUCUCCAUCAGUUCAUCGAGUUACAACAAGCUGACC